GUAUAGUAGAUGAAAAGAAGUGUUGUAUAAGCGUAGGGAUUUUGAGAGCUAAUGUUAACUGUGUUUUACGUUGAAAAGAAACUAGUUGCUAUAACUACACACGAGAGCACCAGAAAGUGAAAUAUAUCAGGCCACACUUAUAUGAAUAGAUUCAAAGCCCCUACAGAGAAAAAAAAAGCACACGCACACGAAUAGUCACAGUUGCAUCAAACGUUGGUGAAAAACCUCGUCUUUAUGGCAAAAAGGAAUUUUUUCAUUCUUCGUUCCCUUGUCAUCCUAUCCAUCUUCUGGUUCGUAAGAGGACAAAAUGUUUAUCACCUGAGAGACCAAUACGAUAGUCUUAGAUACAUUGUAUUUGAUGACCAAAAUCUUGUUACAACGGAGAAGAAAGCUGAGGAAGUACUCACGCGCUACGGAUACCUCCGUUGCGGGUCCAGAAGAAAGCGGAAUGUGGUAUUCCAGAUUGGAAAUAUGAGCGAAGCUGUUCCAGAAGAUGGCCGUUCCACCGAAUCCUGUUCCGAGACUGAUGUCGAGGAAGCCAUCCGACGGUAUCAGAGGACGUACAACAUGCCGGAGACCGGUCGACUGGACACGGAGACGAUGCGAGUAAUGAGCGAAGCUCGUUGUGGAAACGCCGAUGACGAAUCUGCAGCUGUUCCAUUUCAACCUCUAAAAAAUAGACAAGACCUUUAUUCUAUUUUAGCGCCACCUAUUAGUCGAAUAAAAAGAGAGAUUUCACAAAGGACAACCUUACAAGAACUAAUUCUUCGAAAAAUAGGCUUAACCUCCCCGGCUGAACCACAAUAUAUAAUUCCAGUCGCUCCCGGAACCACAGCUUCCAGAAGACGUAGAUGGUUGAAAAAUUACAUGAAACAAGUCGAGACUGGUGAGCUGGAUGAAAAAGUGAAAAAAAGUCAUGAACACAUCCAAAACCGGAAGAAGCGUUCUACUGUAACUGGUUUUGAGGAUCAGGCAUUUACAACGACCUUGGUAACGUGGAGACUCGUAAGUUCAGCCUACAGUAGCCAACUACCAAUCAUCACACAAAGGACAGCCUUAGCUCUGGCCUUCCGGAUGUGGAGUGAAGUAAUUCCUCUAGUUUUCCAGGAGAAUAACAUUUCUCCUGUGGACAAUGUAGAUAUUUUAAUUGCCUUCGGAAAACGUGACCAUCUUAACUGCCCCAAUAGCUUUGAUGGUAUCGGUGGUCAACUGUCCCAUGCGAUCAAGAUUGAACUGAGUGCCGAGAUCCACGUGGACGAUGAGGAAUACCUGACGGUGAGAUCAGAACACGGGACCAAUCUCGUGAAAAUUGCUGUGCAUGAGAUUGGGCAUGCAUUAGGAUUACCACACAAUAACCGCAGCUACUCCAUCAUGUACGCCAUCUACUCACAGUUAAUUCCAAAUAACAACUUUGAGCUCGGAUGGGAAGAUCGCAAGAUGGUACAGAAGAUAUACGGGGUCUGUGAGGGGCGCUUCGACACUAUGUUUGAUUGGGUACGUAAGAGGCCGGAUGGAGAAACCAUCUAUAAUACCUUCUUCUUCCGAAAUGACCACUACUGGAUGUACGAGAACAGAUUUAAUCGAACGCGGUACGGUGACCCCCGAUAUAUCAAACCAGAGUGGAAAGACCUUCCUGAAGACAUAGAUGGCUACGUUCAUAUUUGGACUUACACACAAGACGAGGCAUACUUUUUUAAAGGGUUACAGUAUUACAAGUAUGACAAUCAAAAGCUUUCAGUAGCUGAAGGCUAUCCAAAGAAAAUUGAAGACAAUUUCCGUGGCAUUCAGGGUUCCAGGUUUUCCAGUAUACCAGGAAACAUUGACACUGUGUUCUUCGACCAAAGAGAUGGAAAUUUAUAUUUUUUCAAAGGAAAAUACGUUUACGCCUACGACGUGAACCGAGGACAUGAAGGCUGCUGUUUGCCUGGAUACCCAAAAGAUAUCACCAAGGAAUUUCCCGCCGAAACCCCCGAAUCCAAGCUUCCAGACAACCUGGAUGCCGUGUAUUAUUCCUAUGCCCACCGGUCCAUGUUCUUCUUCAAAGGAACGAUGUUCUGGGAAAACAAGUCUUUCAGUCCGUUAGACAAGAAACGCAGAAACAAGAUAGUUGGGCCUUGGCCCAUCUCUUCGAAAUGGUACGACAUUUGUGAAGUAGACUAAUAGGAGUGUCUACAGUUGAACUAGUUGUUUUGAUGGUUUCUAUGUUGGUAAUUGUAGUCCAGUGUAGGAAUACAGACAUCUACAGUUCACAGCUAGUUAUCAUACCGUAUUAA